AUGAAGCAACUGGUUCUCCUGCUCCUAGAAGCGCCUUCACCCGCCUCCACCUCCGCCAAAUUAGCCACAACCCUCAAGUCCACCCUCAAACUCGACAAACCGCGUCACGAACAGAUCUACAACCUCCCCAACAUCCUCACAUUCUCGCGACUCAUAGCUACCCCUGUAGUCGGAUACCUAAUCAUCCACGACCAACAUCUCUACGCCUUCUCUCUCUUCGCCUAUGCCGCCUUUUCCGACCUACUCGAUGGCUGGAUCGCCCGCCGCUGGAACCUCCAAACCGUGGUCGGCAGCGUCGUCGACCCCAUGGCCGACAAGCUCCUAAUGACAACCUUGGUAACAUGCCUGGCAGUCAAUGGAAGUCUUCCGAUGCCACUCGCCGCACUGAUCCUGGGAAGAGAUGUCAGUCUGGCAGUGAGUGCGUUUUACUACCGAUACGCCAGUUUACCCGCACCCAAGACCAUGGCCAGAUACUGGGACUUCAGCUUGCCAAGCGCGGAGGUACAUCCCACCACCAUAUCCAAGUUCAACACCUUUCUGCAGCUGAGUCUGUUGGGAACGCUGCUUUGCACAAACUUGCUACAUGAUCCUUCAGCCACGACAUCCGCAGCUGGUGGCUUGCUCCUGUCGAUCCAAGAUAUACUGGGAGGCGAAGAAGGCGUCAAGACGAUGAUCCAGGGCAUGUCAGCCAUCGUGGCCAGCACGACGAUGUACAGCGGUCUUGAGUACACCUGGUCCAAGAAAGCGGUUGUCAUCUUGGGCGGCGAUGAAGCCUUGAAGAGGAAACAGGGUUUCCGCGGCAGGAUGAUCAUGGCGGGUGGCUUUGGUUCUUUCAUUGCGCUUGCGGCGUACUUGUGGUUCAAUGGUCAGGCUGAGGAGGACUUGAAGAAGGAGGCCAAUAAAAAGCUGGGUACCAAAAGUGCAUGA